CCACUUACUUGCCCCUUAUCUCUCUGUUCCACUUCUUGUUUCUCUCUAUCCUAAUGGCCACUGUUCUCAGAACCCCCACUUUCCGGCCAGCGCCUCCGCCGCGCGCUGCCAAGUCGCCGAAACCCUCGCGAGUCGCCGUUGCCUCGUUCAGACAAAGCGCUACCUGCAAGAGAAAACCCUCGCUCCUCUCCUCCCUGGGGUUCCCUCCUGUUCCCUCUCUGCGGUUCAUCAGGUUCGUGCCCUUCGCUUUUGACGGCGACACCGAGGCCCCACAGGUUCAGGAACCGGAGGUUCAGGUUCUGGACCCUUUAGAUGGUGCUGUUGACGUAAAGGACAGUGCAAGUGACAAUGAGGGUAGUGAUGCUGAUGAAGCAUCUGCUUCACCUUUUGUAUUGUUACUUCAAUCAUACAAAGAAGCAUUGGCUAGUAAUGAUGAAGUCAAAAUUGCGCAGCUGGAAUCGUCAUUAAAAUCCAUUGAAGAUGAGCAAAUAGAACUUGAAGGGAAAAUAGCUGCUUUAUCUGAAGAGUUGUCAAUAGAAAAGGAUCGGAUUCUAAGGAUUAGUGCAGACUUUGACAAUUUUCGGAAGAGGACAGAGAGAGAUCGCCUUUCCCUGGUCACAAAUGCUCAGGGUGAAGUUGUAGAAAGUUUAUUGUCUGUAUUGGAUAAUUUUGAGAGAGCAAAAACCCAGAUUAAGGUGGAGACAGAGGGAGAGGAGAAAAUAGUUAACAGCUAUCAAAGUAUAUAUAAACAGUUCAAUGAAAUUCUAGCUGCCCUUGGAGUUGAACCAGUGGAGACAGUUGGAACACCCUUUGAUCCACUGCUACAUGAAGCAAUUAUGCGUGAGGAUUCUGCUGAAUUUGAGGAUGGGAUCAUAAUUCAAGAAUUCAGAAAGGGUUUUAAACUUGGUGACCGUCUAUUACGUCCAUCAAUGGUGAAGGUAUCAGCUGGGCCUGGACCUGCAAAGCCUGAACAAGAAGCACCGCAAAAAGAACAAGUUAACACUGAAAUCUCGGAGGACAGUAAAGAGAACGAGGGUGGAACAGAAGCAGGGUCUGCUUGAGAGGUCAAAACUUUUGCUUGAUUUCAGUUUUGAAAUAGUAGAUUGAUUUUAAUCUCCAGGAACAUAAUGUUGGCUGUAAGAGUUGCCCCAGAAAGAUUUCCACUCAAGUUUCCCCUAAAAGAAAGUAGUAUUGUGAGAUUUUAAAUUUUUAUGUCUUUCCAUGGCUUUCGUAGAGAUGACUAAGUUUUCAGAGGUACCAUCUUUCUUCCUGAAAGGAAGAUUAAGUUGCAAAUGAUCAAGUGCUUUGCACCUGAAAUCAGAAUAUAAAUUCUUUGGUUUGGCAAAA